UGCAUGCGCGACGGACUUCAACAUGGCUAUUUCCCUACUGGGCAGACGUCAGGUCAUUCGAGAGGAUCAGAUACUUUUACAGUCCAAUUGACGGCAAUCACACUCGAACUUUGUUCCAAAAAUGUUCAAUCUACUUAGAAUCUAAGAAACAUGACGUCUCAGCCCUGCAACUCGCCAAGUGAAAUUUGGAAACGUCCACCUCGGCUGGGCGUGAUUUUCAAAGACCUUGAUCAGUCCAGCUCUGGUGAUAAGUCAGGCCACCAGAGACUUUGGACUGAAAAACUGUGUCUCACUCAAAACAACACGCUAGCGACUACAGCCACAAAAUGAUUUUGCGCCAGCGUACGAACGGUCAAGUUACUUGUUUGGCUGACUGAUAGUCGCGAAAAAAAGAACUGUGCGGCACUGAUUCAUAUGAGAUCAAAAAGCUUCGCUGCCCUAAUUUUCAAUUAUUUUUCAGACAUUUGAUUUUUUAAACGACUUACUGAAAGCGAUUCGUUUAAAUAUCAAUCAAGUACUGAACUUUUUCUUUCCCUAAUUUGACCAUAUCAUAAUCGCUUGGCAAAAUAUUUUUGAUUUAAUAAUAAAUACAAUCCACUUCCAUCUUUGCAUUAAUUUCGGCCAAUUUGUAAAUAUUGUGGUCAAAGAGAAAUUCAAUAUUUUAUCAUGUUUUGUCUAGAAUUCCGAAAGACGGGCAGAAUGUCAAAAAAUAAAGCUUUAAACAUUUGCUACAGUGGAGUCAAAGUCGCGCGGGCAACAACACGCGUUCUGAUUGGUUCAUUUUUGGCUCAAGAUGUCAUCUGAUUUCCACCUUUGCCCACCAGAUAUUUGGAGCACUGUGAUUGGCUGAUACUCAUCAGGCCACUCACAGCCCAUCAACGACAGUUUAUCGUAAGGUUCUUUCUUGUAUAAAUUCUACGGACUUUUUGCAUCAAUUUCUUUCUUUAUACCGCUCGAUGGGAUUCACUAUGCAUUGUCUACUUUGUGGUAGGCGCUCUUCGUCGAGUGGGAAAUACUUCUUGAACAUAUUUCGCAAAAUCGCACCGUCAGUAGUAAACGUUUGCGUACGCGGCGUUGUGUUAUUCAUCCUCGGAACUUUCUUUGCAAUGGUUCUUUUCACGUUUUCUGUUUUACCAGAAGUACGUAGAAAGAGAAUCCAAGAUAUAGGUAUAAUUGCAAAGCUCUUCAGCGCUGUGUGGUGGAUAGCUCCAUCCUCUGGCACUGCUGCCGCAGUUGUUGGUUUGAUUUAUCCUUGUUCUGAUAUUCGACUUGGAAAACCACACAAGCUUGAAAGAGAAUGGUCUAGCGUUUUUAAAUGCGUGGUGUUGUUCCUCGGAAUCAGUCAUGCAUGUGCUAAAAUCACCUUUAACAGUCCAAUGCACAUCUUCCUCUUUAUGGCUAUGAGCUCUCUGACCUUGUGGUGGUUGUUUGACCGAUCAAAAAAUGGUCUUGGACUGGCUGUGUUGGUGACAAUGUGUGCCUGUGUUCUUCUUCAGGGUUUGAUAUACCUGGGGGUUUACCGAAAUGGUGAACCAGAUUUCCUCUAUGCAAGAUCAUGGCUACCAUGGUACUUUUUUUCUGGUGUUGUAACAUUUGGAUCCAUUGGAAGACAGCUUGCUAUGACUGAAUACAACUUUGGGAGAGGAAAGGAACAUGCAGAUUGAAUAUUGUAACAAUUUAAUUGCUUUCAACAUGCCUUGAGAGCUCAAUGCUUGUUGUGAAUAGUUUGGUUGAUUAAUGACAAGUAUCUAAAAACAGUUGGGAAUUUUUUUAUCAAAACAUUGUGUUCAUGGCCAUGUGAUGAAAACAGUUGUUUAAUUUCAUGGAUUUUCUGGAUUAUUGUUGAGUUUUUUUUUUUUUUUAAAAAAACCACAGUGAGUUCCAACUAGUUUCAGACAUUUUAAUGUUAUCAAUAUUCUUGUUUGAUUCUAUAAGGCACUUGCCUAGAUGCCUCAGUACUAAAUACAAGGGGGAAAAUUUAAAAUGAAAAUUACAUUCUUCAAAUUAUUAUAAGAAUGGGAAAAAUACGGUAGUUUCAGUGACAUUAAGAACAAAAGGAAGUAUUUUAUAUUCUGCCACCUGGCUAAAGGGUAAAUAAAUGUAACAAAAAUUUCUAGAACAUUCUGUAUAUAUUGGGUAAAAGUGGAGUUCAACCCUGAGUUACAGGCAAACUUACAGCAUGACUCCUAUAGAACUUGAUGUCUAUGUCUAGGUUAUUGGUAGAUAAAUAAAAAAUAGCCUCCAUUUGGCGCAGAAGUGUGCACAGAUAUUUUCUGUGGACUUAAUCUAUUUCAAAAUGAGAAUAUUUUUGGGAGAGCGCAGCUCAAGGAAAAUGUGUGUUAUAAGGAAAAGAUAAUGUCCAGGGACAAAUAGGUAUUUGUACCAAAUGGAGGCUAUUGUGUUUAGCACCUUCAAAUAUUUUUGGAACGUAUGGAAAAGAUGUUAAAAAUUUGAGGAGUAUAAGGGGUUUAUCCUUGGAUAUUGCCCAUUUUUGCUAGGGCAUAUUCGGUCAUGUAAUAAGUUUACACAAAUCGGGUGAGCAAAAAUAUUUGAUGGAUUCUAGUGUCUGUUACUUUUGUGACAUAGGUUUAAGGUCCUAACAAUUCUUUAUAAAUAUAUGGUCAUGGAGGUUUGUACAUGUAAGAGAGAGGGUUAUAUAAAAUCAUAAACAUAACCAAUCAGAAAUUGAGUUAUUUAAUAUUAUUCAGAUUGCAUAAUAUCUUGUAUUCUGUUCAAGAAGGAGGUGGACAUACCUGGUAACAUGUUUUUAUUCCAUGUUUUACCAAAAUACACAUAUGUAUCACUAAAGAGAAGUUUGCAUAGAAGAACUUUGGGAAUCUGUUUUAAUCUGCAUAAUUAUAUUCAUCUUUAAGAAAAUUCCAGGAUAAUAAGCACAAUUAGUAUAAUUUCAGAGCUGAGCAAAGACUUUCCAGCAAUCUGAUUGGUCAAGCGGGUCCUUGUAUGACGCUAUA